CCCCUGACAUAAUAUAUUUCCCGUUCCUCCUUGCUCUCUGGUGCCAUCUCUCCUCUACGAACGAACGAACGAAAGCGCGGAAAAUCAGAAGAGAAGCCACUAUUUCCUUUUGUGCCUGCCAUAUCUUGGGGAAAGCAGAUAUAUCAAGAUACAUUACAUAGAAUAAUGAUUAAGCUUUUUAAAGUGAAAGAAAAGCAGAGAGAAACUGCCGAAACUGCAAAUGGAAGGGGACCUGUCAAGAAGCAAAGUGCUGGGGAAUUACGUCUACAUAAAGAUAUUAGUGAGCUGAACCUGCCCAAAACAACUACCAUAUCAUUUCCUAAUGGCAAGGAUGAUCUUAUGAACUUUGAGGUCAGCAUUCGUCCCGAUGAAGGAUAUUAUCUAGGUGGCAUAUUUGUGUUUACUUUCCAAGUCCCUCCUAUCUAUCCUCACGAGGCACCGAAGGUCAAGUGCAAAACGAAGGUGUACCAUCCUAAUAUCGAUUUGGAAGGAAAUGUUUGUCUCAACAUUCUGCGUGAAGAUUGGAAACCCGUUCUCAACAUAAACACUAUCAUAUAUGGCUUGAAUCAUCUUUUCACGCAACCCAAUCAUGAGGAUCCCCUGAAUCAUGAUGCGGCUGCCGUGCUGAGGGACAACCCAAAGAUGUUCGAGUCCAACGUCAGAAGGGCGAUGGCAGGAGGGUAUGUGGGUCAAAGCUACUUCCCCAGAUGCUUAUAGGAUUUGCUGGCAAUAAUCGUCUGCAAAUUGUAGUUUUGAUGCAUGGCCACCUAUGGAGCACACCUUGGUAAACUUUCCAAUCUCGUUGUGCUUCGAGGCAAACUCACAAUCGAUACAAGUCUAAAAUGCCCCGGCCAGAAGGUCUCUUUGUUUGCUCUGUGAUGUAAAAUUUCUUGUGUUUUUGAGCAUACUGGUUUGUGAUAAUUGCUCAGGGAGUUCAUUCAUGCAGAAUGGGGGAUCAUGCUUGUAGUCAUUACCAUUGAAGAAAAUGCAUACACUUAUAUUGCAGCUUUA